GCCACAAACCGUGAAAGAAGAAGAAGUAGCGCCUGUUGUGUUCGUAGAAGAGUGUUUGCGAGGACAUAACUGUUGUUAUUGAAUUGUUCCUUGUAUUUAUGUAUUUACGUCGGAAGCCUGUCAAUGUCACAUUCGAACACAAACGUCCGAAAUUAUGACAAAUCGUCAAAAAAUCGUCAGAAAUCGUCUUUCGAUUUAACAUCACGAAAUUCCUGCUGUGUGUGAAGAGAAUGCUUAACAUUUCAAGCCAGAUGUCAGCUCAGAUGCAACUUUCCCUUCUAGAUGAAGAAGGUUUGGAUCUUCAAACUGGACUGACUUCUGCAUAUUCUUCAAAAUGUUCCGAUGGUCAGUGGAUGGAGAAAAAACAAGAAUUUGAGAAGGCACAAGAACCCAUUGUCACAACACAAUGUGUGGACAAUGAUGUAAAUGCAAAGGUGGUGCAAAAUAAGAAUCAUAAUGGAAACAAAAGAGUUUAUGAAUGCCCCGUGUGCCUUAAACGAUUUGGUGCUCCAUCCAAACUAAAAAGGCAUUCUCUUAUUCACACAAAUCAGAGGCCAUUUCAGUGUUCCAUAUGCUGCCGUGCCUUCAGAGAACGCUCUCAUCUAAAAGUACACAUCAGAACUCACACCAACUCUUCAUCAGCAGAUGCUGUUGCAACUGCCGGAAAAAGGAUCUUUCCAGUGUCCAAGUCUUCUGAUCGCAUGUGUACGCUUCAACUCAAAAAGAAAAGUGAAUAUCAGUGUGAAAUAUGCUUGAAAAAAUUCAGUUUCCCCUCAAAACUAACUCGACAUCUGUUUGUUCAUUUUGACGACAAAGCUUACACUUGCACAAUCUGCAGAAAGUCAUUCAAGCAAGCCUGUUAUCUCCAUAAACAUCUCAAGGUACACACAGGAGAAAGAAACGGCAAUUCUAGGUCGUGUAGCGUCCCGCAGAAGCAUGGGGCCAAAUCUUCAACACCUGGAGCUUUUGAAUGUACAAAUAACUGCAGACUAGAUUCUGGUAAUGUGUGUUUACCUCAGAUAUUAGACUCUUUAGAGACCAAAAGGCGUGAAAAACCUGAAUGCCGAAGCAAGCUUAACCAAAACGUCCAAUUCAUAGAGUCGAAUUCAAGUACCGUAGAAAAUAAAAACCCUGACACUCUGAAACAUGCUGAAGUGCAGAUCACAACCUCCAGCCCAAUUGACCUUAAGCACACACAUAAAGGUAUGCAUCGGUGCAGCAUCUGUCUGAAGAACUUUCAAUAUCCUUCUAAGCUCACCAGACAUAUUUUGAGCCACACAGAUAUCAGACCAUUUAAGUGCCACGUGUGCUUAAAAUCGUUUCAAUUCCGGUGGCAUUUGCAGUGCCAUGUGAGGAUCCACAAAAAAAAGGGUCAGAAUAUAAUUGCUGAUCAUUUGGAACAGGAUCGUACAGUUUCUUUUAGUAAUGCUGUAAAAUCUGAAGAAAAAGAAGUGGAAAUAUCCUUACAAGAUGGAGCUGAAGAUUCUGCUACAGUGCACCAAGAUCAAAAUAUGGUUAAAGAGAAUAUGAUGAAUCAAAAACUGAGCGGUGGCUGCAGUGAUUCAGGUGUAUAUUUGCGAGUUUCCCUACUUAACGAAGGAAGAUUUGAUCUUCCUACUGAACAGAGUUCUGGAUAUUCUCCCAAACCUUCAGAAGGCCAGUGGAUGGAGAAAAACAAAGAAUCUGCAAAGGAAAAAGAAGGCAGUGUCACAACACCAAAUGAGGACAAGAAUGUAAAUGUGAAGGUGUUGCAAAGAAAGAAUUCUAAUGUAAACCAAAAACUUUAUGAUUGCCCUGUGUGCCAUAAACAGUUUGGUGCACCAUCCGAACUAAAAAGGCAUUGUCUUAUUCACACAAAUCAGAGGCCAUUUCAGUGUUCCAUAUGCUGCCGUGCAUUCAGAGAACGCUCUCAUCUAAAAGUACAUAUUAGAACUCACACCAACCCUGUGAAGAGAAGGACACGAUCACUCCACCGCUAUAAGGACGACAGUGUGCCCUGUAAUCGAGCAUCUAAAUCAAAGUUAAAACCCUCUCCAAAACAACUAACUGCCCAAGAUGAUACCAAGUCAACAUAUAAAGAAAUGUCAACAGUGCACCAAGACCAAAAUAUGGUUACAGAGAAUUUGGCAUCUCAAAAAAUAUGUGGUGACUGCAGUGAUUCAGGUGUACAUUUGCCAGCUUCCUUUCUAAAUGAAGGAGGCUGGGCUCGUCACACUGAACUGAGUUCUGCAUAUUCUUCCAAUCAUUCAGAAGUCCAGUGGAUGGAGGAAAUCCAAAAAUCUGAGGAGGAACAAGAAGCCAGUGUCACAACACAAACAGAGGACAAUGAUGUAAGUUCAAAAGUGUGGCAAAAUAAGAAUUCUAAUGGAAGCAAAAGACUUUAUGAUUGCCCUGUGUGCCAUAAAUGGUUUGUUGCUCCAUCAGAACUAAAAAGGCAUUGUCUUAUUCACACGAAUCGGAGGCCAUUUCAGUGUUCCAUAUGCUGCCGUGUCUUCAGAGAACGCUCUCAUCUAAAAGUACACAUCAGAACUCACACUAACCCUGUGAAGAGAAGGACACGAUCACUCCACAGCUAUAAGGACAACAGUGUGCCCUGUAAUCCAACAUCCAAGUCAAGGUUAAAACCCUCUCCAAAAUAUCUAACUGUCCAAAACAAUGCUAGUUUAACAGAAAAACAACAGCCAGCAGUUCACCAAAAUGAAAAUAUGGUUACAGAGAUUGUGGCGUCUCAAAUUAUUAGGGGUGACUGCAGUGAAGCAGAUGCAUAUUUGGAAGAUUCCCUUCUAAAUAAAGAAGGUUUGGAUCUUCACACUAGAUUGAGUUCUGCAUAUACUUCCAAUAACUCAGAGGGCCAGUGGAUGGAGGAAAUCCAAGAACCUGAGGAGGAACAAGAAGCCAGUGUCACAACACAAACAGAGGACAAUGAUGUAAAUUCAAAAGUGUUGCAAAGUAAGAAUUCUAAUGGAAGCAAAAGACUUUAUGAUUGCCCUGUGUGCCAUAAACGGUUUGGUGCUCUGUCCGAAUUAAAAAGGCAUUGUCUUAUUCACACAAAUCAGAGGCCAUUUCAGUGUUCCAUAUGCUGCCGUGCCUUCAGAGAACGCUCUCAUCUAAAAGUCCACUUCAGAACUCACAAUAUUGAGAAGCGGAGAGCACCAUCUCUCCAGAGCUAUAGAGACAAUAGUGUGCCCUAUAAUCGAGCAUCAAAGUCAAGAUUAAAACCCUUUCCAAAACAACCAACUGCCCAAGACAAUAUCAAAUCAACAGAUAAAGAAAAGUCAACGGUGCACCAAGAUGAAAAUAUGGUUAUAGAGAAUAUGGCGUGUCAAAUUAUUAGUGGUGACUGCAAUGAAUCAGAUGCAUAUUUGCAAGAUUCCCUUCUAAAUAAAAAAGGUUUGGAUCUUCACACUGAACUGAGUUCUGCAUAUUUUUCCAAACCUUCAGAGGGCCAGUGGAUGGAGGAAAACCUAGAAACUGAGGAGAAAAAAAAAGAAUCCAGUGUCACAACACAAAGUGAGGACAAUGAUGCAAAUGUGAAGAUGUUGCAAAGUAAGAAUUCUGAUGGAAACAAAAGAGUUUAUGGUUGCCCUGUGUGCCGUAAACAGUUUGGUGUUCCAUCCGAACUAAAAAGGCAUUGUCUUAUUCACACAAAUCAGAGGCCAUUUCAGUGUUCCAUAUGCUGCCGUGCUUUUAGAGAACGCUCUCAUCUAAAAGUACACAUCAGAACUCACACCAACCCUGUGAAGAGGAGGACACGAUCACUCCACAGCUAUAAGGACAACAGUGUGCCCUGUAAUCCAACAUCCAAGUCAAGGUUAAAACCCUCUCCAAAAUAUCUAACUGUCCAAAACAAUGCUAGUUCAACAGAAAAACAACAGCCAGCAGUUCACCAAAAUGAAAAUAUGGUUACAGAGAUUGUAGCUUCUCAAAUUAUUAGGGGUGACUGCAGUGAAUCAGAUGCAUAUUUGGAAGAUUCCUUUCUAAAUAAAGAAGGUUUGGAUCUUCAAACUGGAUUAAGUUGUGCAUAUUCUUCCAAUAAUUCAGAGGGCCAGUGGAUGGAGGAAAUCAAAGAAUCUGAGGAGGAACAAGAAGCCAGUGUCACAACACAAACAGAGGACAAUGAUGUAAAUUCAAAAGUGUGGCAAAAUAAGUAUUCUAAUGGAAGCAAAAGAGUUUAUAAUUGCCCUGUGUGCUAUAAACGGUUUGGUGCACCAUCCGAACUAAAAAGACAUUCUCUUAUUCACACAAAUCAGAGGCCAUUUCAGUGUUCCAUAUGCUGCCGUGCCUUCAGAGAACGCUCUCAUCUAAAAGUACACAUUAGAACUCACAGCAACCCUGUGAAGAGAAGGACACGAUCACUCCACAGCUUUAAGGACGACAGUGAGCCCUGUAAUCGAGCAUCUAAAUCAAAGUUAAAACCCUCUCCAAAACAACUAACUGCCCAAGAUGAUACCAAAUCAACAUAUAAAGAAAUGUCAACAGUGCACCAAGACCAAAAUAUUGUUACAGAGAAUAUGGCAUCUCAAAAAAAAUGUGGUGACCGCAAUGAUUCAGGUGUACAUUUGCCAGCUUCCUUUCUAAAUGAAGGAGACUGGGCUCGUCACACUGAACUGAUAUCUGCAUAUUCUUCCAAUAAUUCAGAGGGCCAGUGGAUGGAGGAAAUCCAAAAAUCUGAGGAGGAACAAGAAGCCAGUGUCACAACACAAACAGAGGACAAUGAUGUAAAUUCAAAAGUGUUGCAAAGUAAGAAUUCUAAUGGAAGCAAAAGAGUUUAUGAAUGCCCUGUGUGCCAUAAAUGGUUUGGUGCUCCGUCCGAACUAAAAAGGCAUUGUCUUAUUCACACAAAUCAGAGGCCAUUUCAGUGUUCCAUAUGCUGCCGUGCCUUCAGAGAACGCUCUCAUCUAAAAGUACACAUGAAAACUCAUAAUGUCCCUGUGAAGCAAAGAACACCAUCACUCCAGAGCUGCAGAGACAACAGAGUGUCCUGUAAUCGAGCAUCUAAGUCAGAGUUAAAACCCUCUCUAAAAUAUCUAACUGCCCACAAUGAUACCACUUCAACAAAUAAACAAAUGUCAACCAGGCAACAAGAUCAAAAUGUGCUUAUAGAGAAUAUGCUGUCUCAAAAAAUGAGUGGUGGCUGCAGUGAUUCAAGUGUAUAUUUGUCAAAAAGUACUAGCCCUUUAGAGAAUGUUGAGAAUAACAAAUCAGUUUGGGGUCUGACGCAUAAAACUGACAUCUUGCUUGAUGAGAAAAAGGCAUCUGACGUUGUGCCUUUUGGCAGGGUGAGUGACUGUCCACCCAAAACUGACUCAUCGCUCCGUCAUUGUGCUCCAGAAUCAAGAACUGAGGUAGAAUGGGCACAUCACAUGGAUCAUAUUGAAGAUUGUGUCUUUGUGGACUGUGACACUGUUGUGACACAGUGUGUCCCUGAUUCUUACGAGCCCAGUUCUUGUCAGUAUCAUCAGAAACCUGAUGUUCCCAGACACCCAGAAGUUGUUGUGGAGCUUGAGGACUUUGAGGAUCCAGGUGAAUGCUUUAUCAAACCUCCACAUGACCUCCCCUUUUGUCCUGACUGUUGUCAGAGUUUCCGCACGAUUAGGAACUUGUAUGCACAUAAUUGUGCAAACAGAUAUCCUGAAGGGGAAAUGAAGAAAUUCCACCAGUGUGACAUUUGCUUCAAAUUCUUCAAUGCACCAUCCAAAUUGAAGAGACACUAUGUUACUCACACUGGUCAGAGACCGUUCCAUUGCACACAGUGUCAGAGGUCCUUCACACAGGCCCAUCAUCUAAAAACACACAUGCUGUCCCACAGGUAGAAGGGUUACUCAAGGGUUGUCCAAAGAUAUGACCAAACCAAAAGCGUUUUCAAUUGUAUUUCAGUUGUGUACUAAGUUUUUUGCAAUAUGUUUGGCUUUUAAAGUGCCCCUAUUAUUUUUGAAAAUUACCUUUCAUGCAGUGUGUAACACAGCUCUAAGUGAAUGAAAACAUCCUGCAAAGUUUUAAAUCUGAAAGUGUACGGUGUAUAAAGUUAUUGUCUCUCAAAAGAGUUGACUCUGAAUCAUUGAAACGAGUCGCUUUUACAACGAAUCCCAAGCCGUUUUAUGUUGACGUCAACAUGAAACAUUAGCAUAUUGCCAGCCCACUUGGUGGUCUUUUUGCGUUCUCUGAAUGAAAAUGCAAAUUCAUUCUUUGUCACUAGGUGCCGCUUUUGGAGCGAUAAAAUAGCAUUUCCCCGGUAACGCUGUACACAAAGUAGCACUGGGCUCACAAACGCUGCUUUAUCAGGAAUUACAGGCUCAUGAUGAAAUUGACCAAUCACCAAUCGGACCAAUCACCACAGAUAAGUGUCACACAAAGGAGGGGUUUGGAAAAAUUAAUCGUUGAGCGAAUGGUUGGGAGUCCUUGAGCAAAUAAGGUAAAAAUAAAUGCAUAUUAUAAGACAAUGAAAGGGUUUUUUGAACUUGCAUGCAUGUCAGCCUGUUGCCGGGGACUCCCAAAGCCAAAAUAUGAAAGUUUUAUAACCCAUAAUAGGGGGACUUUAAAAUAAAUGUUGGAUUUCCGGUUACAGUGUAGGCCUACAUAUAUUUUAAAGAAUACAUUGAUGUGUAAAAAUACAAGAAAUUUAAAUAAAAACACUGAAAUUUGGUGGGUCAUUUCCCAAGUGGCUGUUACAUUUCUUUUUUCUUCUUCCUUUGAUUUAACAAUAAAUAAAGUAAUUUGCUGCACUGUAAGAAAUGUGCAUCAGAUGUCAUUACAAAAACACCAAAGUGUUGACCUUUUUUUUUCAUUUGACCAUCUGUUUUCAAUUUUUCCGACUCAAAAACUUUAUUCAGUUUCUGUCAUUUGCAGUACUUCUAUGUAUAUCCACUAGAUGGUGUAAGUCGCUUUCUCACUGUUAUAAAUUUACAAAAGCAAUGGACACUUAUGGUCCACCGCAAAUGUAUGUAGCAAGGAAAUUAUAUGUUAUUAUGGCUUUUACAAAGCUACCAAUCAGGUUAGCACACUAUGGCUGAAAUUAAUGUAUCGUAUAUAAUAGCCUUAAUCCUAUUAGCACAUUUUAUACAUGACUUUUUUCAACUUAAACCUCUUUUUGUAAACUUCUGGAGUCCUUUCCUUCAGUAGUAUGGAGGUAAUGAGAACUGAGAGAUUAAGUAGGAAAAAGGUUAAUAUGGUUAAUUUUAUUAUGUCAAUCUAUAUAAAUAUUUCCUGAAAUGAGGAGAGUUUAUUUAUUUAUUAAUUUAUUUUUACCUCAGCAACCCAGUGUCCAAUCACAAUAAUGUCUCGUUGUAACAGGAAAUCACUCCAUGUACCUGUAAACUUUAUUCAAGUUUAAUAAGUGUCUGCUGUACCAGGGAACAAGUAGGCUACCUUACCUGACACACUGACCUCUGUUAUGCCAAAUUUUAAGUGUAUGUAUUAAACUAAUUGGUUUCAUUAAAAAUAUAGGCUAUUUUUUGUUUUUUUGUCUUUUGUGGGGUUCCCAAGCAUGUCGGUUUUCCAUAACGGAUCGUAUGAGAG